CUUUCUAAGUGGAGAUGUAGCAUUAAAGAUACCAAAAGGAGAUAGCGAACAGUUAGGCAAUUAGCCGUCGACAUUGUAGCUACUCAUUUCGGCUAACUUUGAUCGUAAUUUAAUCCAACGAUGGUGCAGUCGUGCUCUGCAUACGGGUGUAGAAACAGAUAUCAUAAAGACAAAAACAUUUCUUUCCACAAGUUCCCACUUGCCCGUCCAGACAUAUGCAGAAAAUGGGUUGCAGCAAUGAAACGGAACAACUUCAAACCCACAAAGUAUAGCAAUAUAUGUUCCCAGCACUUCACGAAAGACUGUUUCAAACAGGAGUGCAACAACCGAGUGCUGAAGGAGAAUGCGGUCCCUUCCCUCUUCAGCAGAUUCGACGAAGAGAAGGAAAGGUCUGAAGACCUGGAGCUCCAGGAGGUGGCCUUCCCAUCGGCGCUCUCCCUCCCCAGUGCAGAUCAGAUGGAGGCUCAGCAGCCUCAGCAGCACCAGAACAUGGUGGAGAUGGUGCUGCACCCGGCCCUCCUCUCCAGCAUGUCCAUCUCCUGUGACCACAACUACACGGUGGAGGACACGGUGCAGCAGAAGAAGCGCAUCCAGCAGCUGGAGGAGCAGGUGGAGAAGCUGCGCAAGAAGCUGAAGACCAUGCAGCAGCGAUGCCGGCGGCAGGAGCAGCAGCUGGAGAGGAUGAAGGCUGUGCGGGGGUUUCAGGUGGAGCGCUGGGACCCCUCCUUGGAGGAGAGCUACGUCAUCUUGCCAAAGGAGCUCUACGACAUCUUGAAAGGGAUCGAGUCCAUUGGCAGUUUGUGAAGCCCCCAGCCACACUGCCAGGAAAGAGUGAUAUUUAUUUUCACCCUGCAUUUUAUUUGAUUGUGGCUUUUGUGUUUUUCGUAUGGUUCUGGUCUGCUUGCAACCAUAGGUUUCACAGCCCCACUUGGCACUUGUGUGCCAGGUCUGACAGCACGGUUGGUGGCAACCGUGCUCUAAACUGAGAUGACGUAUGAGCAAAGGCCAAGCAGUCAAAAGCAGCAGGUGAUUCACAUGUUCAAUUUAAGGUUUUCUUGAUUGAGUUAGUUAUAUGCCAUCACUUUAACUUGUUGCUUAAUGCUAUCUACAAAUUAUGUUCAUCACUCAGAAAUGCACA